AUGGAAACUUCUUACACCAAAUAUGAGGAUUCAGAGCAAGUGAAAUUGUCAAUGGAAGGACAGAUCCAUACAGCUGGAAUGAGAGGUCUUCAUAUUCCAAAGGUCAUCCAGCAGAAGGGUCCUCUGAUCAUCUGUGCCAUAGUGAGCUUUGGUUUUGUGCUUGGCAUAGCCCUUCUCUCUAAGAGCCUUCAAAACAGUUCUGAGAUGUCCAAAGAGAUCAACCUGAUGAAGACUACUUUGUCACAGAAGUUAUUUAACGUGUCAAAGGAAGUGUUUGGAACCAGCUUGAAGAUUGUGUUGUACCAAACAGAGUCCAGGAAAGAACUGUCACAUCUCCAGGAAGCUGUAGUUUCUCUGAUGGCAAAAGAGAACUCGACUCUGUCUGUGCUACAGGAACUGGCUGAGUUGAAAAGAGGGAAUGGGAGACUUGCUGGAGAUGUGAUACCAGUGCUGCAAGAAUUACAUAACUUCACAGUUUCUCUGAUGGCAAAAGAGAACUCGACUUUGUCUAUGCUAGAGGAACUGGCUGAGCUGAAGAGAGAGAAUGGGAGAAUUGCCAGAGACAUGAUAUCAGUGCUGGAAGAGUUACAUAACUUCACAGCUUCUCUGAUGUCAAAAGAGAACUUGACUCUAUCUGUGCUACAGGAACUGGCUGAGCUGAACAGAGAUGUGAUACCAGCGCUGGAAGAGUUACAUAACUUCACAGGUGUUCUGAUGACAAACCUGGCUCCUUCUGUGCUAGAGGAACUGGCUGAGCUAAAAAGAAAGAACAAGAUAAUUGCCAGAGAUGUGCAGCAAGUACUGGAAGAGUUACAUAACGUUACAGAUUUAUUUUGCAGCAGCUGUCCUGACAAUUGGUGGCCAUUUGGGAAAAGCUGCUACUUCUUUUCAACCUCACGUAAACCCUGGAUGUCUGCCAAGCAGUUCUGUGAGAAUGAAGGGGCUCACCUAGUUAUAAUUAACAGCAUGGCAGAACAUAAUGUUUUGACAGGACAACUCUCCAGGGACCAGGUCUUUUGGAUAGGCCUGAGUGAUAUUGUCAAUGAAGGCAAGUGGUACUGGAUAGAUGGCACACCCAUGACGUUCUCAUUAUGGGCUCCUGGAGAACCCAACAAUGUUGGACAUGGAGGUGAGGACUGUGCUACACUACGCUUCAAUGGGAAAUGGAACGAUGCAACCUGUUCUUCAAAUGAGUUCUGGAUCUGCGAACAAAAUUGCUAGUCAAGCGUCUGUCUGUACAGGAACUCUGCUCAAGCCUUGGAACGCCGCUGCCUCUAUAAUAACCUCGAGGCUACUGCAAGGCAUAGAGUUCAUUGGCCGUCACCACAGACAUGCACACAUCCCAUUCUGAAAAGGCUUAUGUUAGCUUCGAGUCGCUGAGUGGAUAUCCUCAUCUGCUUCCGUUUGAUUAUAUAUGGCCUCCUCCUGAA